AUGCAGUAUGAUACCGACCUGUCGAGUAUACUGUAUGUAAUCAAGAUCAAUGCCAAGGCGUUAGCCAACCUGAGAUCCUUCGUUGCGCCGCCAACGAAUUGGUAUCGAUGUCCACUCACGCGAAGGGCAGCAGUUCUGAUCCUGCUCUUUGCUGACAAGAGAGGCGACCUGAGAGUAGUAUUAACGAUCAGAUCGUCAGGCCUUAAGAACUAUGCCGGACAAGCUGCUCUCCCAGGCGGCAAGUCGGAUACCCUCCAAGAAACCCCAUUCAAGGUUGCUCGAAGGGAGGCUUUCGAAGAGAUCGGUCUACCUAUGAGCGAUCAUCAGCUCCCUCCCGGCUACAGUGUCGAGCAUCUCACAGAGCUUCCAGCAAAUCUGGCAAUGACUGAGCUUGGAGUACGGCCAUGCAUAGCAUAUCUAAAAACUCCUGCUCCAUCGGCCAAGAAUCAGAAUCCUGACGCUGCUCGCGAUAUCCUGCCAAAGCUUGACGCAAGAGAAGUCGCGGCAGUAUUCACCGCCCCAUUCCAAAACUUCCUAUUUGAGAAGGAUAUGGACCUGCAGACACGAGAGAAAUUUCCGGGAGAGUGGUACAAGGGUAGCUGGCAUAGUUGGCAUGAGAGCGCGUGGAGGAUGCAUCAAUUCUUCGUUCCCGUGCCUCAAGGAACAGUUUUCCUUGCGAGAAAACCUCCUUCCUAUGCCGAACCUCGAUCGCCGCAGGAACCGCGAUAUAGGGUAUUUGGCAUGACUGCUCGCAUACUCGUGGAUGCUGCAAGAGUAGCUUAUGGAGAAGAGCCAGAGUUCGAACACAAUAGUCAUUUCGGCGAUGAGGACAUGAUCGCAAAACUUAUGAGCAUUGGACGCCUGAGCUCUAUCAAGAAGGAGGGCGAGGUAUUGACACAAGAGAUAAUGAAAGAAGCAGCGAAGGCAAAGAUAUAG